AUGAACCACCUCGUGUCUCGUUCCUAUCAGUUUUGGAACUAUGUUCCUUCCAUCGCUGCAGCGGUCAUUUUCAUGCUCAUCUUUGUUGUCACGACCGGUCUUCAUUCCUGGAAGCUUUACAGAACAAGAACAUGGUUUUGUAUCGCAUUUACCAUUGGCGGACUAUUUGAAAUCAUCGGAUACAUUGGCCGUUGUAUGGCACAUAAUGACACAACAACCUUGGGGCCUUACAUUAUUUCUAGCAUGUUCAUAUUGUUGGGCCCUACGCUCUUUGCUGCCUCCAUCUACAUGACUCUUGGUCGUCUCAUCCGCUGGGUCAGAGGAGAACAUCUGUCCAUCAUCAAAGUCUCUCGCCUUACCAAGACCUUUGUCUGGGGCGACAUCUUGUCCUUUGUCGUCCAGGGCAACUCCUCUGCGCUCUCAGUAAUGGGAUACCCUCAAUGGGCAAAGGUCAUGAUUGUUGGGGGUUUGGCAAUUCAACUCGUGUCGUUUUCCCUUUUCUGGGUUACCGCCAUCAUCUUCGCACGGCGUCUUCGUCGUUCACCCACGGUGGAAUGCCGCAAACCUGGCUUUCCCUGGGAGCGAUACCUGUAUAUGCUGUAUGCUGUCAGUGCGUUGAUUCUUAUCCGAUCGAUCUUCCGUAUAGUGGAAGAGAUCAUGGGUAAUAGUGGGUAUCCUCUCAAGCAUGAAUGGACCAUGUAUAUCUUUGAUAGUGUGCCCAUGUCGAUUGUCAUGGUUAUCUUUUAUAUCUGGUAUCCUAGUGAGUUGAAUGUGGCUAGAGAUACCGAGGGAAGCAUACCACUUGCACAUACGGAUUCAGUAUGA